CGGGCCUGGGCACCGGGCGGGGCGCGCCGCACCAUGCUCGGCGGGGGCUGGCGGGGCCUCGGCACCGCCCUGGCCGUCCUGGGAGCUGGGGCCCUGCUCCGAGCCGGGGUGCGCCGAGGUUUUUAAGCUGACUCACAGCCCCAAGUAGGAUUCUUCUGUUCCAGAGGAACGCUCAGCAGUCACUGUGCCAGACUGACCUUUGUCCAGCUGUUUCCUCUCCGCUCUUCUUUCCUGCCCCUGGAAAUCUUCUCUCCAGUUGAGGUCCAGCACAGCUGCGAGCUGUCUUCCUGCACACAGAACACGAGCGGAGGAAGUCUAAGACGUUCACACAAGCCGACAUGAAGGUGGAAUUACUUCCAGCCCUCACAGACAACUACAUGUACCUCCUCAUAGAUGAGGAAACGAAGGAGGCUGCAAUAGUUGAUCCUGUGCAGCCCCAGAAGGUUUUGGAUGCAGUCAAAAAGCACGGCGUGAAGCUGACGACUGUCCUGACCACACAUCAUCACUGGGACCAUGCUGGAGGAAAUGAGAAGCUUGUAAAGAUGGAGACGGGGUUGCGUGUAUACGGGGGAGACAGCAGAGUCGGAGCACUGACACAGAAAGUGUCUCACCUGACAUCACUCAAGGUGGGAUCUCUUAAUGUGAAAUGCCUCUGUACGCCGUGUCACACUUCUGGACACAUCUGUUAUUAUGUGACUAAGCCAAAUAGCUCCGAGCCACCUGCUGUUUUUACAGGGGACACGCUGUUUGUGGCUGGUUGUGGGAAAUUCUUCGAGGGAACGCCAGAGGAAAUGUACAGAGCGCUGAUUGAGAUUUUGGGCAGCUUGGACCCCCAAACGAGAGUUUACUGCGGUCACGAAUACACGAUCAACAACCUCAAGUUUGCUCGACAUGUUGAACCCAAUAAUGUCAAUAUCCAGGAAAAGCUUGCCUGGGCCAAGGCAAAGUAUGACAGCGGUGAGCCAACCAUACCCUCCACCAUUGCGGAAGAGUUUACGUACAACCCCUUCAUGCGAGUGAGGGAGAAGACGGUUCAGCAGCACGCUGGGGAGACCGACCCCGUCCGAACAAUGGGGGCCAUCAGAAAAGAGAAGGAUAACUUCCGAGUCCCAAAGGACUGAGCACUCUGCCUGGAUCACUUUAAUGUCAGUUUAAGUGUAAUUUAGAUUAUUCAGAUGUUUUAGGAGUUGAACCUUCUGUUGUGGUUGAGAAAGUCAUAUUUAGGUUUUUAUUUUGUUUUAAUUAAGAAAAAAAAGCACUUUGCCCUUGUUGAGAUCUUCUACAGCAUAUUUAUAUUACGAUGAAGAAUAUUUAUCCUUCUGUUGCUGGCUCUCAAACUGUCACAUGUGUCACAUGCAGAUCAUUUUACAAGUGUUGGUACGUGGCUCAGAGUCUGGGGUGGGGAAGGGUCAAACCUUGAGGUCUAGGAAAGAACUCCUGUUAUUUUUGUUGGAGCCAGAUGCAAAUGCAGACACUGGGACUAGGGCCCAAGAUGUCUUCAUUUAAAACAGAGACAAAAUGCAGUGACUACAUUGCCGGCUGAAAAUCUGAACUGCUGCUGCUUAAACCUUUGAGUCUGUUGCUUCUGGCUCCACUGAAACUGGUUCUCCGUGACAGACCUCCUCUGCCACUGCCAGUUCCGGGCUUAGUUUGUGACAUACGCAGGGUACUGGGGAAUGGCACACGUGGACUCUCCAGCUUUCCUCUUCUCUCUGACAUUCCUUCUCGUGGACUGCAGUAACUUUUCCCAGCAGCGUGCUGGCUUAGAGUUUGCACUGUUGCUUAUACCUACCCUUUCACUCUUAAGCCUGUUUGCAUGUAGCUGCUUACUGCUCUUAAGUGUGAUCUGUGUUACUUGUAUUAGUACCACACAAAUGAAGAAGGGAUUUGUUGGCUCGUUCAAAACCCUGAGAAGAAACCACUUACCUAGUGACUAACUGUGUGUCUAACAGCUGAGCAGCGAUGAGACUCCUCCAACAGACGCCUUGCUGCCGAUAGCCAGAGCAGCUGCUUUGUACCUUGCCGUGAGUAAUGUGGCAAACGAGCAUUUCUUAGCUGGGCGCUGUUCCCCAGCGAGAGAGCAGCUGUUGUGGGGAGCGCUGGCAGCAGCCGCGCUGGGCCCGUGAGCCUGGGCGACUCCAGCUUAGGGGCCUGGCUUACAGCAGAUGCUGCUGGGCCUGAUCUCCCACCCUGCAGCCACUGCCUGGGCCAGCCUCUCUGCUGGAAAGGCCGCAGCAGUGAUGUUCUAAAUGAUGAGGGUGUCCGCAUAUUGCCAGAUUAAACAGGGCUCAGAUCUCAGACCCCCUGAGAAACCACAUUAGCCUGGAGUGUUUCUUUUUCUUGGUUAGUCCAUGGGGCUUAAAAGCCAUCUCUGUUCUCAGAAUUGUGCUGUAUGACCCCAGUCUGCAGCCGGCUUGAAAACUGCAGGGAGGGAGCUUCCCCUCGGGCUGUUUUUCUCACAGAGAAUAGUGUGUCGACGUGCAUGAAUGGGAUAAACUUUGGGGGAAAAUAAAUCCAGAUUUUCAGUGAGUUGGUCACCCCCUUCCUGCACUUCCCAUCCUCCGUCUCAGUGUCUUUAAAGAAGAGGGAUGAGAGUGAAGGGUGGUAGGACCCAGCCUUGUGGGCUCGGCAUCUGUGUUUCUUACGCAUCUUCCUUCUAAUCAUAUUUUCUUCCUUGUUUCUUGGUCUCGGCUGCAUACUGCAGAUCUGCUCAAGUACAAGACAUUUUCAAAGAAAUGCUUUGCGGCUGAAACUAGCAAAAGAUUAAAAUAAUUUUGGUUCCAGUUUCUCCCUCUCUCCCCAGUGCAUGUUGGUAAGUAAUGCCACGAUGGAGUCCGUAACCACCUGGGUGUCACCGGUGUAACUUGGGUCUGUUGUUCUAACGAAUGCGCUCAAUGGCAGUGUAUGAGCGGGAUUUGGUGUAGCACCGUUUCUUUAUUUGCUUUAAAAAAGUAAAUUUUAUGUAGUUCAGAAAGAAAAGUGGUACCUGAAACUUUACUGCCUCCUUAACUUGAAUGCUGUGCUGCUACAACGGAGCAUGACUGUACUGAUGGCUGUUUGACAAAUGAGCAAAUAAAUAAUAACAGCUGUAAACCGA